CCAUUUACCUGUCAGCGAAUGCCCAGAUUUUCAUGCUACAAUAACGGCCAAUGCAUGGCCCGUUGAAAGGGCGUGUGGAAGCUUCGCGUUUGGGAUCGGGAACGAAGAAACUAAGGGAAAAAAAGGGAGAGAGCAGGAGACAAACACAAAAGAAGGAGAGGAGAUCAAGAGAAUAUUGCGCUACGUACGUACUGGUUUACCCAGUUUCUUAAAAUUCCCUUUUCUUCUCCCAUUCUCUUUGAUCUACUCGGCACCCUUUGUCUUGGACAUUGAACGAUAUAUGUUUUGACAGCAGCUGCUGGGCAUGAAAGUUUUCCAUUGUCGCUCCAAAUCGUUGGAUUAAUCUUAACGAAAGUGUUUUUUCUCAGAUCGUUCCUCAAUAAUUGUAAAAAGGGAAAAAAAAAAAAAAAAAAAAAAAGAAGAAGAAGAGAAAAACAAAACCAUUGUGCAUUAAAUAUUCCAUAUGGGUCAAAGCAAGAUCAGAAGAGCUCUCGGAGCUGUGAAGGACAAGACCAGCAUUGGGCUUGCAAAAGUUGCAAGCAGCACUUCGCUGGCGGACCUCGAGGUGGCAAUUGUGAAGGCAACCGGACAUGAUGAAGUCCCAGGAGAGGAGAGGCAUAUUCGUGAGAUACUCAGCUUAACAUGCUACUCGCGCGCGCACAUAAGUGCUUGCGUCAACACCCUCUCCAAGCGCCUGGACAAGACCAGGAAUUGGAUCGUCGCACUAAAGACGCUUGUGUUGGUUCAGCGCCUGCUAUCGGAGGGUGACCCUGCGUAUGAGCAAGAGAUCUUCUUCGCAACCAGACGCGGGACUCGUGUUCUCAACAUGUCGGACUUUCGUGACUCUUCCCAAUCCAAUCAUUCAUGGGACUAUUCCUCGUUUGUUCGCACGUAUGCACUCUACCUCGACGAACGGCUUGAAUUUAGGAUGCAAAGCCGGCGGGGGAAUCGCAGUGCGUUCGGAUUUGAAGAGGAGGAAUUUGAGGAGGCCGGCCAGCAGGGUGGUUCAAGAGCCACUCCAGUGCAUGAGAUGAGGACGGAGCUUAUAUUUUCUAGGACACAGCAUUUGCAGCAGCUCCUCCAGCGCUUCUUAGCUUGUCAACCUACAGGUGCAGCAAAGAUUCACCGGGUUGUGAUGGUGGCUCUCUACCCUGUUGUGAAAGAGAGUUUUCAAAUAUAUUAUGACAUAACAGAAAUAAUGGGGAUCUUGAUCGACCGUUUCAUGGAGUUGGAGGUCCGCGAAUGCGUGAGGAUCUACGAGAUCUUCUGCCGCCUUGGCAAGCAGUUCGACGAGCUUGAAAUGUUUUAUGACUGGUGCAAGACUGUUGGGAUUGGACGUUGUUCUGAAUUCCCGGAGCUUGAUAAGAUUACUCCAAAGAAACUUGAGGUGAUGGACGAGUUCAUCCGGGACAAGUCGGCUUUGGCUCAAAGCAUAAAAGCAAAGUCUCUAGAAGAGAAAAAGGAGGAGGUUAAAGAGGCUGCAGAACAAAGGGAAAACGAAAUGAACGAGAUCAAGGCUCUACCCCCACCAGAGGUUUUCAAUGAUGCCCAAUUCGAGGAAGUGAAAAAGGAAGAAACGAAGGAACAAAAAGAAGUCAAAGUUACACAACACGAGGGUGAUUUAUUGAAUUUAGGAGACGAUGCAAUCACAAGCCACGAACAUGCAGAUAAACUAGCCUUAGCCUUGUUUGAUGGCUAUGAACCGCCGGCAACAAAUGACACUCCAGCUCUUGCGUGGGAGGCCUUCAAUGAUGAGACCUCAGACUGGGAGACAGCUUUGGUUCAAUCGGGGAGCAAUCUGUCAAGUCAGAAAACGACACUUGCUGGCGGUUUUGACAUGUUGUUGCUCGAUGGUAUGUACAAACAGUCUGCCACAACGGCAGCAAUGGCGGGUCCGGGUUAUGGGUCCAGUGGGAGUGCGAGUAGCAUCGCACUUGGGUCAGCCGGAAGGCCAGCAAUGCUGGCAUUGCCAGCACCGCCAGUAUCAGAGGGUGGUUCAAAUUCUAUGACGACUUCAGACCCAUUUGCAGCUUCACUGACAGUGCCACCACCGGCGUAUGUGCAAAUGUCGGAGAUGGAGAGGAAGCAGAAGCUGUUGGUGGAAGAGCAGUUAAUGUGGCAGCAGUAUGCAAGGGAUGGGAUGCAAGGACAGCUUGGAAUGGCAAAGAUGCAGCACCAGUACAAUCCUUACAACCUGGGAGGUUACACACCCAGCUACUGAAGCUUUUGUGUUUGAUCCAUUUUUUGUCCUUAAUCUUGUCUUCUUUGUUGAGGUUAAGAGCAUAUUACUGUUUAUUAGAGUGGUUCGACUAGCAGCAAAAGUUACAGAAUGGCAUAAAUCUUUAAGGCCACCGAAGUUACACUUGAGGUGGGGGCCAUCGUCUGAUCACUUCCAUUUGGGUGGACUGAUUCAUUAUUCAUCAUAACUAAAUCAGCAUUGCCAUUAACUUUGAAGGUGAGUGAA